AUGGAAGGCAGCGCCAGGUGCAAAUAUUCACCAUCAAAGACUCUGAUCAAAAUAACGGAUGGCAAAGGACAGGCCACGUAUGAUCACGUGAGCCAAGAAGGACCAGAGAAAGAUCCCCACUUGUACGCGGAAGUCACUCCAAUGAUCCUUCCUACAAAUGACACCGAAGGCCGUCUUGAAUCAAUAGAAAAACAGCAUAAUCGUCUACUUGAAGACUUCAACCAGUUUAAAACUGACAUAGCAAGUCAAAUAGCUUCACUCAAAGAAAUUAACACUACCUUGAUGACACUGGUUAUGGAUUCUUCUCAGAAACUUCAGGAUUCCAUGGACAGGCUUCUUUUAAAGUUUUCCGAGAAUUCGGACCAUCUGGGGCAGCAGAUUCUAGAGGUUCGCAGGGAGAUUGUCACUGCAGCCAGAAAGCAACAUCCAAACCCCACACAGGUUCUCGUCCAUUCUUUCGAGUGGGAGGUUACAAAUGUAGACCACUUUUCGAAAAGUCAGAAAGAAUUUUCCAGCCAUUGCUAUCUUAUUCCUCACCUUGAUUACAAGACUCACGGAUCUGUUGUCGGUCACAAAGACGGGCGCAUGCGUUUGAAGCUUGUCGGCGAGUUUGGACACAGUUUUAGCAGAAAUUCCUUACAAAGAAACACAAAGUUUGAAUGCACCGCUCAUGUUUUAGACAAAUCAGAAAAACUGCAGGAAUUGAUCGUGGGAAGGGCUGUUGGUGAUUUCAAUGGCGGGAAUGAGUGGUAUCUUGGAGAACUCUCCACAAGUGAUCUCAAGAAAAGGGGAUAUGUUACAAAGGGUGGAAACAUCAGUUUAAAAUUUACGAUCGAGAUUUCGGGGUAG